CUGUCAAAAAAUGCAGUAAAGGAUGUCCACAAUUUUUUUAAAAACUAUUUUAUUUUUAACAGUUCUGUCCACAAUUGAAUUAUGAGGCAAAUGGACAUGUUACACUUGUCAUGGGUUAGAACUGACUUAUCUAAAAACUCUUUUUGUCACAAGGGUUCUGUAGUUUUUAAUACCCGGUAAGCUAAAUUUUUAAUGUUUUAAUACUUUAUUCAUUUUCACUGUAACUAUAUAGCUCAUAUUUUAAGAUUAACUUAACUUUUCUUAGCAUUUACUUGUAGAAGUAGUAUUUUUAAUUAGUAUAAUUGUGUAGUUUUUAUUGCCAUUUUUUAUCGUUUUAAUUUCUAUUAGGGCCCCAACUGAUAGCAGUGCUUAUUGGCAUCUGAAUGGGCUACCCUGAAUAAGUAACGGUCUCUCCCUACUCCUCAACAGAGUCUGUCCUCAGGAAGCGUUGUUACCGAUGUCACACAACGGUCGUCACUCAGCGUUGUGUGACAAUUCGAAAAAGGACUGCUAGGGAGUCUUUGGUUCCACUGUGCUCCAAAUAUCCUGAAAUCUUUUCAUAAUAUGCAGAAGUAAGCGCUCCGUUCACUUACGUACUAAGGAAAAAUCCGGCGAUCCGUGACUUUUCUGUCAUCCACCUGCUGUUCCUGCUGCUCUUCCACGUCAACUGGGACCCGAACUUGGUGACCUGGCCUUCCCACCUUGACCGGCGAACGCGGCAACUGUCAAAAACGAAAUGUCUUUCGAAGUUUUUGCGUUUAUUUUGGCUAUUUUGAUCAGCAUAGCUUUGAUAUUUUUCGCAAUUUGGAACAUAAUAGCGUUUGACGACCUCAAAACUGACUACAAGAAUCCUGUGGAUCUUUGCAAUAAUUUAAAUCCGCUUGUGCUACCUGAAUAUGGAAUCCACUUGUUUGUUAGUCUUCUUCUUCUUGUUGGUGGUCAGUGGACAGCUUUCUUGUUCAAUCUUCCUCUGAUAGUUUAUAACAUCCACAGAUAUGCUAACAGGCCAGUUAUGAGUGCUCCAGGCCUCUAUGACCCUACAGAGGUUAUGAAUGCCAGUGAAAUGUCUCGCUGUCAGAAAGAAGGAUGGAUUAAAAUGGCAUUCUUUCUGCUGUCUUUCUUUUAUUAUCUCUAUAGGAUGAUGUAUGCCUUGUUGGCCUGAUGGAGCAUUCAAAAGCCAUGUUUUGGCUUCAAUUUCUUCUCUUACUUUCUGGGACCAUUAGUUGAGACAAGAAGUGGUGUGAAUAAUGGUGGAAUUAAUUUUUUUAUAAUUAUCAAACUUUGCCUUCUUGUGUACACUGACCUUCUAGUUUGAAUGUGGCUCAAAUGCUUAUUAAGUAAGCUCUGUACAAUGUUACAAACUUAAAUAUUGAAAUGUUUGUUAUGGAAAGCUAAAUGUAUGGUAUCAGUUAUAUCCAGGGACACUUGGUCCGAGAAAUCUCAGCAGUUCCAGCCAAUAGGGGAUCCUACAGACCUGCCCUGUGGAAUGUUACACUAGAAUAACAUCCUGCAAUUUGAGAAAUGGAAGAGCCUGACAUCGUAAUAGUUUUUACUGAGUUGAGCUGGUCACCAUCAUGGCUUGACACUUAUGGCAGCCAACUAGCCACAGACUAGUAGAAAUUCAGUUUUGGCUCGUGGUUUUUGAUUUCCACUAGCCAGUUUGGCUAGUAAACAAAUUGUCCUAACAUCAAAGAUGUCACUACCCACUUGGCUAGUAAGUUGAAAAGUUAGUGUCAAGCCCUGCACCAUGAUCAAGGCUCAAAAGCCAGAUUUAGAAAUAUCGUGUCAGAGAGUAUCUAGGGAGGGGCUACAUGUGCAUUUACCUCUGAGUCACCAAAAUGUGAAUAAGGAGGUCAGAGACUACCCAACAGCUGAGUUCAUGAUGAGUGGUAUGGAUAUAAACCCUUUAACUCCCAGAAAUGAUCAACAUUUAACUUCUCCCCACAAUAUCCCUGGUAUAGCAUUUUCAGGUAGAAGUUGUUAUCUUGAUCUGACAAGAAACUAUUGUUAGUGGCUAAUUCCCAAAGAAAUGUGUAACAACUAAUAAGGAGGAUGAGCAAUCAGGUCUUUGGGAGUUAAGGAGUUAAAUUAUGUUAUCUGUCUUCAAGAGUUGCAUAUCUGAGUGAAAGUUGUUACUUGGAUCAAUCCUUGAAUUCUCCUAUAAAUUGAGCAACAAAAAUUCUUCUCAAUGAUUCACAUAGCACCAUUUAACCCAUGGAAAGGUGAUAAGAUUAGAGAAAACUAUUUCAUUUAUAGUUAGAUAUCACGGGUUGAAGUUUCCACUGGCCACUGUUGUCCUCUUUGCUUGUUGAUCAUCAGUUUGUAGAUAGGCUAUUUUCCAGCUUCUCAAAGCGUUUGUUUUUGAAGAAGGUUCAGUGCAGAGCUUUUGAGUUGAACAUGAUUUUUCUUUCAUGCAAAAAAUUAAUAUAACUGAUUUUCCCAGGAAGUUUGUGCACUCAACCCAUUUUAAAAGUGGGGGUUUUAAGAGCUUGGAAAUGGAUUAUUCAGAAUUCUAAGUAGUGAAGUGCCUUGUUGGUCACUCUCUUGUGGCAUUCUUUGUCAGUACACUUUAUCUUGAGGAAUUCAAGCCACAAGAUGUAAAUAAAUCUUCUGAACCAAUGUUCAAUAAGAAGUUGUUUUGGUAACAGUGCUAUCUUUCCAUGUCAACUUACUGCUGAGGGGCCCCAUACUGCCCAUGUUUAUCCAAGAUUUCUGCUGCACUUAGAAAACAAAAAGUAUCUAUUUAUUCACUCAGAUUGGGUGCUAGUCCAUUGCAAGCACCCCUGAGAUUUUCUUAGCUUCCUUAUUUAAUUCACUGGUACACUUUUAUAGUCUUUAGUGUAAGGGGCACCAUGAAAGUAUCUAAUCUGAGUCAAAUUAUCAAACCUGCUUUAUCUU